UUACAUUUGGAGCAUUGGAAAAGAAGCUUGUCACUUCAUUAAGAAAUAAAAAGUAAAACGGUUUAUUAACGUCUCGUUUUUUUUAAAAACUAUUUUUUUUUAACUUCAAUAUUAAGUGCUAUUAAAAGUUAGUUAAUUCAUUAAUUAAUUAAUAAAAUUAAUAAAAUUAAUAAAAUACCGUCUCAUUUUCUAAAAGUAUUUUUUAAAAUUAUAAUAUAAAGUGCUUAAAAAAUUAUAAUAAUGAGAGCAAAACAAUUAAAGGAUACAAAAAAUGGUGAAUUUAAAAUAAUUCCUGGUGAAGAUGAGUUAAUGAGGGAAGAGGAGAAAGAUUUUGAGAAAGGAAAUCGAUAUCUUCAGUAUUUAGCUUCAAUUAGUGUAUCAUUGUUGUCAAUGACAUGUGGAACGAUAUACACUUGGACAUCGCCAGCUUUGCCACACUUAAGGAGUAAUAAUUCAGAAAUAAUUCUCACCGAAACGGAACUUGUUUGGAUAGCAACAUUACCGGAUAUUGGAGCAUUCUUUGGUAAUGUUGCCAUGAUAUUUGCCCUGCAACAUUUUGGUCGUAAAUAUUGGAUUUUAUUCCUAGGAGCACCACACAUAUUCAUGUGGUUAGUGAUUAUUUUUGCGACAAAUUUUUACAUGUUAUCAAUACCACGUUUCUUAAGUGGUAUCAUUGGUGAUCUUGGUUUUAUGCUCCUACCAUUGUACAUUGGUGAAAUUGCCGAUAAAGAUAUUCGUGGUAUAUUAUUAUUGUUGAUAAAAAUAUUCUCCAAUAUUGGACAUAUGUAUGUGAAAACAAUUGGAGCAUUCUUUUCGUUUCGUGUACUGAACAUAAUGAUGUUAUUUGUGCCGUGUUUAUUUUUCGCAACAUUUCUAUUUAUGCCGGAGAGUCCGUAUUAUCUUUUGUUAAUGAAUCGAAAUGAGAAGGCUUUGAAGACUCUGAUGAAAUUAAAGGGUGUGAGGAAUGAGGGGAAAAUGGUACACUUUGAAUUGGAGAGAAUGCAAAAUGCCGUUGAUGAUAGUAGGCAGAAUAAAAAAUGGAUGUUUGGUGAAUUAUUUUUUAUUAAGGGUAAUCGAAGGAGUUUGAUAAUUGUACUUGUGGCGUGGUUGACGAAAUUCUUGUGCGGUGCAACGGCGAUAAAUUCAUUUACGCAGGAAAUUUUGGAAGCAACGGAAAUUGAAGUGUCACCGAAAAUUUGUGCAAUGCUGUUGGCUGUGAUUGAGGUUUUGUUAACAUUGUCAGCGACGUCGAUUAUUGAACGAGCUGGUAGACGAUGGACAUUUUUACUUUCUGGAAUAUUUUGUUCAUUUGGUUUACUAAUUGUGGGAGUGUUUUUCUAUUUGAAAUUGGGUACAGAGUUGGAUGUUAAACCAUUCUCUUGGCUACCGUUAUUCGGUUUGUUUGUCUAUCAAAUUUCGUUCUCGCUUGGUAUCGCCUAUAUUCCUAUUAUCAUGAUUGGGGAAAUGUUUUCCAUUGAUGUCAAGAUGCCUGCUAUGUUUUGCCUCAACGUUUCCAUGAGUCUACUUCUAAUUGGCAUUAAAGUUGCUUUUCAGAAAUUGAACAGCGUGAUUGGAAUUUAUACGACAUUUUGGAUCUUCGCUGUAUGUUGUACAGUAGGAUCGAUUGUGUUUUUCAUCAUAACACCCGAAACGAAGGGGAAAACACUCGAGGAAAUUCAGGAUCGUUUACAUCGGAAGAAGAGUUAUGUCAGUGAGGAGAUUAUCAUUCCAAGCGAAAAAUAUUAAGCUGUAAAUUAUUUCUUUAAUAUGUACCUAUUAAAAAGUAUUUUCUAA